UAUAUCGUUGCCGUUGUUGUUAUUGUUGUUAUUGUUACUGAUGAUGAUGAAGAUGAUGAUAUGAUGAUAAGACAGUGAACUUUCGUGAGAGAAAUAUAGAUUUCUCGCGUUGUAUAUCUAUACGAAUGCGAGAUCGAGUAUCAGAAAAAGAAGAGAAGAUAAGUGUUACCGUGCAUUUGUUGUGUUACAUGGAAAGAAGAAAGAUAGUGCUACGUUUUAACAGGAUAAGGAAUCGCAAAAUUACAAAUUUACAAAAAGAAACAUACUGUCAAGACGAUCCAUUGGACACGCGUGUUUAAUCCGUAUAAAAAGUUUAGAGAAGUCCGUUCGUCUUCACCUUUCGGACUAAUGAAUCGGUUCGAUCGAAGGGCUAAAUAUUAAAACAAAAAGAAAGCGGAUUAUUAUGGUUAACAUGGAGGCCUCGAACGAACAGCACACGGUGACAGCAUCGCCACCACCGCGAGCUGCUCUUAAAAGUAGCUUCAGUAUCAGGAGUAUAUUACCAGAAGCCUGUACCGGUAGUACCACCCCAGCACCGUCGGCGAGCCAAUCGAUAUCAUCUGACGCCUCUCACGCCGACGAUAGCGACGAUUCGAGCGAUUUGGACGUAACAGGUGACGGUACUGAGACACCACCCCCAUUGGACUGUUCGAGAAAUUCUAAUUCGUCGAAUAAUAAUAACGGGGCCGGUCAACGCGAUAUAACCAAGGAUGAGCAGCAACAGAGCGAAGUGAAAAAAAAGACGGAAAAGCCGCCGUACAGUUACAACGCUUUGAUAAUGAUGGCUAUACGCGAGAGCCCGGAAAAACGUUUGACCUUGAACGGUAUAUACGAAUACAUAAUGAGGAAUUUUCCCUAUUACGAGAACAACAAACAGGGCUGGCAAAAUUCUAUUCGUCAUAAUCUAUCCUUGAACAAAUGUUUCGUGAAGGUACCAAGACAUUACGACGAUCCCGGUAAGGGUAACUACUGGAUGUUGGAUCCAAGCUCUGAGGACGUUUUUAUAGGUGGUACCACCGGUAAAUUAAGGAGAAGGUCGUCCGCGGCAUCGAGGUCACGUUUGGCCGCGUUCAAAAGGAGCGUCGUAUUGGGUGGACUUUAUCCGAGCCCUUAUGGUCCACCAGGUUGGCCAGCAUCCCUUUAUACUUUACCUUAUCAUCUACAUCGUGCCGCAGCUGCUGGUUAUCCAACCGCUACGGCAGCGGCAUAUUCCACCACACCGGCCGGUUAUCCAAGCAGCCUUUUACCUGGUUCAGCGACAACCGCAUCUCCAACCACCAAUGGUUUACCUUGUAAACCACAGGCUGUACCAGCAACCGCUGCACCACCUGCACAUGGUGCCUUCUCCAUGGAAAGGUUAUUACAAACGCCAACCGCCGGUUAUCCAACCGGAAUUACCGCACCACCGGGUAUUCCAGGUUCAGGUAAUCCCUACGACUUUUAUACCACCCUGAGAUCUCUCGCUGCUCAUCAACAACACCAACAACAACAGGCAGCCGCCGCCGCGGUUUUCAAUCAACAAACGAGGUAUCAAGUCAAUCAACCGUCGGUUGUAUUGAGCCAACCGACUUCGAAUACGGGUUCCCCGGGUAGCAGUCCCGAACCAAUGUCACCGCACUCGCCGCCAGUUACGAUCUGUGGUAAUACGAUGGUACAGCAAGCAUCGAGACCGAUUCCUCACAGUCCGCCUCAAUUGUUGCUAAAACCUAUCACUGUUUUAACUGGAAGACAGAGCUGAAUUAUUAUAUAUAUGUGUAUAUAUAUAUAUAUAUAUAUAU